AUGCAAUCGGACGGGAUCCGCCUACCGGCGACGGACAGGGUCCGCCCUCUCACGUCGGACGGGGUCCACUCGUCGGCGACGGACGGGGUCCGCCCUCUCACGUCGGACGAGAUCAGCUCGUCGGCGUCGGACGGGGUCCGCCCUCCGACAUCGGACCGGUGUCUUGCUCACGAUUUCCGGCGUCGAACAUGUCGCCGGUGA